AGUUUACAAGUUUUGCUCAAGCACGUCAAAGAUGACAGAGGGAACGUGUUUGCGGAGAAGGGGAGGCCCCUAUAAGACGGAGCCUGCGACAGAUCUCAGCCGCUGGAGGUUGAGUAAUGUGGACGGCAGACAGAGCUGGAGGUACAUCGAGGAGACUGACAGCUUGGACAGACCGCAGAGCAUGCUGGAACGUCACUCUCUGGGACUGGACACGAGCGAGUUCAUCUCAGCAUCCCCUGCCGCACACACUGCAGUAGAAGCUGCAUUAAAGGGAAUGGACUUCUAUAGCCGACUACAGGCUGAAGAUGGACAUUGGGCUGGAGAUUACGGUGGACCUCUUUUCUUACUUCCAGGCCUGCUCAUAACCUGUCAUAUUGCUAAGAUUCCUCUGCCAGAUGCAUGGAAGAAGGAAAUGGUUCGAUAUCUUCGCUCUGUGCAGCUGCCUGAUGGAGGCUGGGGCUUGCACAUUGAAGACAAGUCGACUGUGUUUGGAACAGCUUUGAGUUACACCACCUUGAGAAUUUUGGGAGUUGGGCCUGAUGAUCCAGAUAUGGUUCGGGCAAGAAAUGCUUUACACAACAGAGGUGGUGCUGUAGGCAUACCCUCAUGGGGCAAAUUUUGGUUGGCCAUCCUGAACGUAUACAACUGGGAAGGAAUGAAUACGCUUUUCCCAGAGAUGUGGCUUUUGCCCUCCUGGAUGCCAGCACACCCCUCCACAUUAUGGUGCCACUGUCGACAGGUCUACCUGCCCAUGAGCUACUGCUACGCAGUCAGGCUCUCUGCUGAUGAAGAUCCUCUGGUGCUCAGUUUAAGACAGGAGCUCUACGUCCAGGAUUACUCCACUAUUGACUGGCCAGCUCAGAGGAACAACGUUGCAGCCUGUGAUUUAUACACACCACACAGCAACUUGCUUACUUUCGCUUAUUUUUUCCUGAAUGUGUACGAAGCUCAUCACAGCACUAUACUGAGAGAAAAAGCAGUGAAGGAGCUGUAUGACCACAUUAAAGCAGACGAUCGCUUCACAAAAUGUAUCAGCAUCGGACCGAUCUCAAAAACGAUCAACAUGUUGGUACGCUGGUAUGUAGAUGGACCAACUUCACCUGCCUUCCAGAAGCACGUUUCAAGGAUUCCUGACUAUCUGUGGCUGGGUUUGGAUGGCAUGAAAAUGCAGGGAACAAACGGAUCACAGCUAUGGGACACUGCAUUUGCAGUACAAGCAUUUCUUGAGGCAGGAGCCCAGGACAUCCCCAGAUUUACAGAGUGCCUUACACAAGCCCAUCAUUUCUUGGAUCUGACUCAGGUCAAAGAUAAUCCUCCAGAAUAUGAGAAAUACUAUAGACAAAUGAACAAGGGAGGCUUUCCCUUCAGCACACGGGACUGCGGUUGGAUAGUUGCUGACUGUGUGUCAGAAGGGCUGAAAUCUGUGAUGCUUCUGCAAGAGCAGUGCAAUUUCCUCAAAGAGAACAUUCCCAAGGAAAGGCUUUUUGAUGCUGUCAAUGUGCUGUUGAGCAUGAGAAACCCUGAUGGAGGCUUUGCCACGUAUGAGACGAAACGUGGCGGGAAACUGCUGGAGCUGCUGAACCCGUCUGAAGUAUUUGGUGAUAUAAUGAUUGACUACACGUAUGUUGAGUGCACCUCAGCUGUACUGCAGGCAUUGAAACAUUUUCACAGCGUAUAUCCUGAGCACAGAGCAGAAGAGAUCAGGAGCACUCUUCAGCGGGGGCUGGACUACUGCAGGAGGGUUCAGAGACCUGAUGGCUCAUGGGAAGGGUCUUGGGGAGUCUGUUUCACAUACGGAGCCUGGUUUGGUCUGGAGGCAUUUGCGUGUAUGGGUCACACUUUCCAAAAUGGGUCUGUUUGUGAGGAGGUGAAGCGUGCCUGUGAGUUCCUGCUGGCGAAGCAGAUGGAGGAUGGAGGCUGGGGUGAAGACUUUGAGUCCUGUGAGCAGCGGCGCUACGUUCAGAGCAGUAGCUCUCAGAUCCACAACACCUGCUGGGCUUUGCUGGGAUUGAUGGCCGUCAGGUACCCUGGCACCAAAGUGAUUGAGCGUGGCAUUCAAUUAUUAAUUGAUAAGCAGCUGCCUAAUGGAGACUGGCCACAGGAGAACAUUUCAGGAGUGUUCAAUAAAAGCUGUGCCAUCAGCUACACCUCUUACAGGAAUGUGUUUCCAGUGUGGACUCUGGGCCGCUUUACACGACUCUAUCCCUGCAACGCUCUGACUGGAAAACUGAAACUGUGAGUCAGAAACUGAGGAAAUGUGCCUCAGAAAACAGUAUCUGACACAGCCUGAUCAAAGACGAUUGAAAACAAACCUGUCUGCUGCUCUUUAAAAGGUAGAACUGAUUUGUUAGAGUCAAUAGGAUAUUAUCUGUCAAACAUUUGAUUAAUUUUGUACUCAUUUAGCUAUUGAAGCAAGGUAUUGAUUGUAGAUGAUUUUGUUUUUAUAAUGGAUAUUCUGUACUCCUGUAAUAAAUAAUUGUAAAUAUUC